AUGGUUCCUACGAUCGCUGAGCGCGCCGCCAACGGUGAGGUCCUGUACGCACCUCACCUGAACCGUGAGGAGCGGAAGGAGCUGCUCGCGUGGGCUAGGGCCCAGGGAAUGGAGUACAAGGAGAUCAAGACCAAGUACGGCUUCGAGGAGAGCGACAACACCCUGCGGGGUUGGCAAAUGUCGCUCAAUCGCGGCCGCAUGCCCAGGGUCGCUAUCUUCACGGACGAGGAUGACCGUCUACUCCUUCUCGCCGUCGAGGAGCACUCGACGCAGAGGAGGAGCUUGAACGGCAUCUGGACGCAGGUGGGGGACUACAUCCGAGACAACGGCGGCACCACCACAGCAGGCCCGAGGAAGCUGAAGGAGCGCUGGUACCUGCUCACUGGCCAGGAAAUCCCAGCCCAUCCUUCGUCUCACGGCUCCCGGGGAAACACCGGUCGUGGUGGAGCCACUCGCACCGAACUCACUGCCCCGGCUCACUCGACCCAGACCGACAACAGGCAGAACCAGGCGACUCCUUCUGUCAUGCCUGCACCCAACAUGGACUGGGGAUUCUACCCAGAUCUUACCUGGGUCGAGCUGGUUGACGUCCUGGGCAUCGAGGACGCAAGGGAGUACGUGCGAGACCGCCUGGACGAGGUGGGCGAUGUCCGUGACGAUUGGCUGGUUGCGCUGCUGGGCCGCGAGGGUGCGGAGCAGUACAAACGAGACAUCCAGGGCGGCGAAGACCACGGCGGCGACGAGGAGGAGCAGGAGGAGGAGGAAGAGAACUGGUAG